UAGAAGGAUCACGGUGGUGCUUGCAGAGACACUGACAAUGGUUCCAUGUUUUACUACUUUAAAUUUCACUACGUGACAUACCAAUGAUUUCGUGAUGUAUUCUGUGGUAUACUUCGCGAUUAUAUCCCUCUGGGUAGUGUGUCAAGUGCAAGGAUUUAGCCUUAGCUUGGAGCAUGAUGCUGGAGGACCUAUGCUUGACACUGAGAAUGCUGCUCGAAUUUCUACUGUUGAAGAUGACAAGGCUCAGUCUUUUCAUCCUGCAGCAGCUGGUUUUGGAUUCUUACAAGAAGGGAAGUCUGCCAGUCGGAACUGGGAUGGUGACCAGGACCAAGAUGAUGAUGAUGAAGAUGAACAUACUGUUUUAGUCAAAAAGCAGGACCUGGGCUACGAAGUGCCUAAAGGAAAGUUUGUAGGUGCUCUACCAGAAAAGUCUGUUAUUCCAGAUACUAAGCAGAAAAUGAAAGGGAAGUAUACCUGUUUAUCCUGUGAGGGUGAAGCCCCUGACUGCAAGCCUCGUUCUCCAUGUGUAGGUGCUCUCCAGUGUUAUAAGUCACGCGUUCGAUCCAAGGAUGGAAAAGAGACCAUUACCCGAGACUGUUUAACAACCAGUGACCAUAUACCACUCACUUGCUAUACUCCUUCUCACCCGGGACAGUUUUCUGUCCAAUGUUGCACCGGUAACAACUGUAAUGAUGGUUCAUUCCCUGAACUGGGUCCCAUACGAACUCUUGGUGAAGAAGAAUCCAGUGGCGAUUGGAAGCUCAUUUUUGCAAUUUUGGGACCUGUAAUGGUCCUGCUCCUCCCUGCUGGUGUCCUGGUUGUUGUAUACUUCAAACACAAGCAUCGUAAACGCAAGCAGGAAGCCGCUCGAACCAUUACUGACCCUGAUACAUAUUAUGCUUCCGAUGAUCUUCUCCGUGCUACAGCUGCUGGUGAUUCGACUUUAAGGGAAUAUUUGGAACACUCUCUAACAUCUGGCUCAGGGUCAGGUUUACCUCUUCUAAUUCAGCGGACAUUAGCUAAGCAAAUAUCGCUGGCUGAAUGCAUUGGCAAGGGCCGGUAUGGUGAAGUAUGGCAAGGAUACUGGCAUGGCGAAAGGGUUGCUGUGAAAAUAUUUUUCUCCCGUGAUGAAGCUUCUUGGAGCAGAGAGACUCAAAUUUACAGCACUGUCUUGAUACGGCAUGAGAGUAUUUUGGGCUACAUUGGAUCUGAUAUGACAUCACGCAACUCAUGCACUCAGCUAUGGCUUGUGACCCACUAUCAUCAGCUAGGAUCUCUUUACGACCAUCUGAAUCGUGUAACUCUAAACCACCACCAAAUGAUGAAGAUUUGUCUUUCUGCCAUUAAUGGACUUGUCCAUUUGCACACAGAAAUAUUUGGAACUCAGGGUAAACCUGCUAUUGCUCACCGAGACAUAAAAAGCAAAAACAUCUUGGUAAAAGAUAAUGGAUGUUGUGUCAUAGCAGAUUUUGGCUUGGCUGUUACUCAUGUCCAAUCUACAGGAGAAUUAGAUGUUGCUCCGAACCCACGAGUUGGAACCAAACGUUAUAUGGCACCAGAAAUUCUGGAUGAAACGAUAAAUAUGGAUUGCUUUGAAGCUUUUCAAAGAGCAGACAUUUAUGCUUUUGGUUUGGUGCUGUGGGAAGUUUGCCGAAGGACAAUGUCAUAUGGGAUUGCAGAAGACUACCUACCUCCAUUUGGUGGAUUGGUGCCUUCUGAUCCUAGUUUUGAGGAUAUGAAGAAAGUGGUAUGUUCAGAUGGCCAGCGUCCCACUAUUCCUAAUCGAUGGUUAUGUGAUGAGACUCUCACUGGCAUGGCCAAACUGAUGAAAGAGUGCUGGCACCAUAAGUCACAUGUUCGCCUGUCAUCAUUAAGAGUUAAAAAGACGCUAGCAAAGCUUGCACAGUCUGAUUACCAGAUUCAUUUGGAUGUUGAGUAGCUGAUAUUCACACCUAAUAUUUGUGACUAAAGCUAUAAAGCUAUUGCACUGCCAGUAUAUUAAUUAUCACCCCCAAAUGUGGAGGUGUACGGAAAUAGCCUGUGAUACUGUCAUUUAUAAAAGUGGAGGUAUCACAUGUUGAGUUUAUUCACCAAGGACCCAGUACACUGAGUGGUGAUGACGUACAAUGUCAGUGAAUUUUAAACUUUUCUUACAAUGACAAAGACAAAUGUUAUAUCUUGGAUGUUUGAUGAACUAAUAGUGAUAAUUAGUCUUAGUGAGUGUAAAGGUAUUGUAAAUAUGUGUACAUUUAGUAAUCCGAAUUUUCAAUGAAUUCUUUAACUUGGCUCUUGUCUCUUUUUUUUCUUUCUUUUUUUUAAAUUAAUUUCUUUCUGUCCACUGCUUUAUACAUAGCUCCUUCAUACCAUACCAUGC